AUGACCGGCUCUGACUCGGACUCGUCCACCAUGGCUGGCGACCACCAGCCAACUCCCCAGAAGCGGGACCCUCUCAUGAACCCAGCCAAGUAUCCCGAGAACGAGACCGAGGCCAAUCUCUGGGCAGAGCCGCGCGCCGUCGCCGAUGCCGACAUUGAGAAGGAAGCAGGCACGGCCGGCAGCAGCGACUCGGCUUCAGCACCGACACCAGCAUCACCUACAGGGAAGCCCACAGGGCCCGGAGGUCCUCCGGGGAUGAAGCCAGCCGACUUCCCUGACGGCGGACUUGACGCGUGGUUGUGCGUGCUAGGCGGUUGGUGUGCGCUCUUCAGCACGUUCGGCCUGAUCAACUGUGUCGGCGUAUUCGUGCAACACUACUCUUCUGGCCCGCUAGCGGGCUACUCGUUGUCGACAAUAACAUGGAUCACGUCGCUGCAGGUGUUUAUGAUGACGGGGUCUGGAGCGGUUAUGGGUCGCCUCUAUGACAAUUUUGGCCCGCGCUACCUCAUUAUCCCCGGCACGAUCGUCUAUGUCUUUGCUCUGAUGAUGACAUCUCUGGGAAGCCAGUACUACCAGUUUAUCCUGGCGCAGAGCAUCCUCUCCUCGCUGGGGUCGUCCGCCGUCUUCAAUGCGACCCUCAACUCGACCAUGACGUGGUUCUUCCAGAAGCGCGCGAUGGCGGUAGGCAUCGUCGCUUCGGGAUCCUCCGCGGGUGGCGUGGUCCUGCCCAUCAUGUUAACCAAGCUCACCGAGCAGCUGGGCUUCCCCUGGGCGCUGCGCAUCGUGUCCUUCACCUUCCUCGCCCUGUGCACAAUCACCUGCCUGACGGUGAAGUCGCGCCUGCCGCCCACAAGGAAGCCUGUUGCUCUGUCAGACUAUACCAAGCCCUUGACCGAGUUCGGCAUGCUCACUUGCAUUGCGGGCUACUUCUUCUUCUUCUGGGGCAUGUUCCUGCCUUUCAACUACCUCAUCGUGCAGGCCCAGCAGAACGGUGUCUCCCCUUCCUUGGUGCCUUAUCUUAUCCCCAUCCUCAACGCCGCAUCCAUCCCCGGGCGAAUCCUCCCCGGGUUUCUCGGCGACAAGUUCGGCCGCUACAACGUCAUGGUCUUCAUCUCGUUCCUCUCUGCGCUCUUCACCCUUGCCGUGUGGAUUCCGGGUUCGCACUCGACCCCUGCGGUCAUCGUAUACGGCGUGCUGUUUGGAUUCUCGUCUGGAGGCUUCAUCUCCUUGGCCCCAGCAGUCGUCGCGCAGAUCAGCGACAUCCGGCAGAUCGGCACGCGAACCGGCAUUGCCUGGGCCAUCGGUAGCCUCGGUAGCCUGACGGGCUCGCCCAUUGGCGGCGCAAUCAUCGCAAGCCAGGGCGGGAGCUAUCUCGGGGCGCAGCUGUUCUGCGGAAUCGCGAUGCUGUGUGGGUGUCUGUCCUUCGCGUUGGGCAGGUGGAACCAGGCCGGGUUCAAGGUUGCGAAGGUCUGA